AGAUUACAAACAAUACCAGAGUAUGUUCGAAGCAUUUUUUGGAGGAAGACUUCUUGCCCACUGACAAUGCAGGACGUCACUGUUAAAGCAAGGUGCAUUUCCUCGCAUAUUUACAUGGAAGCCAAAUGCCAAAGUGAGGAGAAAAAUUAUUCAUGUUGAAAGGUCUUCGACUGAGACACAUGACAAUGUUGAUGUUGACAUGGAAGAAAACCAACAACCUGAGAUCAGCAGUGAAAGUAGUGAAAUAGAUGUUCUUAGAGAACAGUUGAAGGCCUUAGAGCUAGAGUUGAAAUCCGCCAAAGAUGAAUAUUCACAAUUCAAAAUCUGCGCACAAUUAGAAAUUCAGAAGGCAAACUUGGCUACAAAACAGGCAAGAGAUGAAAUAGAAAAACAAGAAGUUACUCUGAAAAUAUAUAAAUUUGGGGUACAAAGGUUUACUAGGGAUAGUAGUAGCAUUAAGUUUUAUACUGGGUUUCCUACUUAUGAGCACCUAAUUGCUUUCUAUGAAUUUUUCAAGCCAUCUGCUGAAAACAUGACAUACUGCUAUGCUUCAGGUGUACUAGAUAGCAGGCCAUCAUCACUGUCAAUGCUUUUGAUUGAUGAAUGCUGUAUGUGUCUUGUUCGUAUCAGACUUGGAUUAUUCCAGCAGGAUCUUGCUUUUUGCUUUAAUUUACACCCCUCAUCAGUAAGUCGAAAGCUCACCACUUGGAUCAACUACCUUUAUUUUUUGUUAGCUUCUCAGUCCAUUUGGCCAACCAGAGAGCAGAUAAAUAAUUCCAUGUCAGAUGAAUUUUUAAAACUCUAUCCCAACACAAGAGUUAUAAUUGAUUGUACAGAGUUGUAUGUACAAACACCAUCUUCUUUACUUUUACAAUGACAGCUCUACUCUGCUUACAAGAGUAAUACAACAUUAAAGGG